AUGGCAGCAGGACCAGCAGGGCCGGGGUCUCUCCCUCCCCAGCCCCCAGGUGAGGCCAGCAAGGCAGGUCUUGCAAGCCAGCAAGUGUUGGCUGUGGUUCUGGCAUAUUUGGGUGAUGGUAGUAGUUCAGUGGAGCAGGCUUCCGGCUACUUGUGGCAGAUUCCAUUAACAAUUGCAGUAGGAAAUACGAGCCACAUCUCAUCAGAGACAAUUAUAUGGGUGUCUAACAAAUCAGAACACCAUAGAAUUCCUGCUUUGGAAGAGGCAAGUUGGUUGCUGGGGAACAUCAACCAGACCGGCUACUUUAGAGUUAAUUAUGAUAUUAGGAAUUGGAGGCUGCUAAUUAAUCAGCUAACAAGGAAUCAUGAGGUUAUCUCUGUCAGUAAUCGAGCAGGCUUGAUUGAUGAUGCGUUCAAUCUAGCCAGAGCUGGUUAUUUACCUCAGAAUAUUCCUUUGGAGAUUAUCAAAUACCUUUCAGAGGAGAAGGAUUUUCUGCCUUGGCACGCUGCCAGCCGAGCUCUUUAUCCACUAGACAAAUCGCUGGACCGCACAGAAAACUACAACAUCUUCAAUGAGUAUAUUUUAAGACAAGUUGCAUCAAUGUAUCUCAAGCUUGGAUGGCCAACAAAUAAUUUAAACAAAUCGCUUGUUCAAGCAUCAUACCAACAUGAAGAGUUGCGUCGGGAAGUCAUCAUGUUGGCCUGCAGCUUCGGUAACAAACACUGUCACCAGCAGGCUGCAACGUUAAUCUCGGAUUGGAUUUCUAGCAAUAGGAACCGAAUCCCACUCAAUGUGAGAGACAUUGUGUACUGUACAGGAGUUUCACUGAUGGAUGAAGAUGUAUGGGAGUUCAUUUGGAUGAAAUUUCAUUCUACCACAGCAGUGUCGGAAAAAAAAAUAUUGUUAGAAGCCUUAACUUGCAGUGACGACAGAAACUUGCUCAACAGGCUUUUGAAUUUGUCUCUCAACUCCGAAGUUGUCCUGGAUCAGGAUGCAAUUGAUGUGAUAAUCCAUGUAGCUCGAAAUCCACAUGGAAGAGAUCUUGCUUGGAAGUUUUUCAGAGAAAAAUGGAAAAUAUUAAAUGCUAGAUAUGGAGAAGCAUUAUUUAUGAAUUCGAAGCUUAUCAGUGGGGUCACAGAAUUCCUCAAUACUGAAGAAGAACUAAGAGAGCUAAAGAACUUUAUAAAGAGUUAUGAAGGGGGAGCUGCUGCUUCUUUCUCUCGUGCCAUGGAAACAGUGGAAGCCAAUGUGCGGUGGCAAAGGCUUUAUAAGGAAGAACUAUUCCAGUGGCUAAGAAAAUCCUUGACACACUAAUCUGUCUUUCCAGCGACCAUUUAACAUGAAACUCUGAAAGAGGAAGAGGAGACACUUUAGAAGAGUUCAACAUUAAAAUCAUGAAGACAAGAUCAGACUGCAGGGAUAAGGUUUUUUUCCUUUUUUUUUUAAUUGUGGGAUUUUUUUUUACACUGGGCUCUUGUGAAAUUGCCAAGAAGCUUUUCAGAAGAGAAGAUCAUAAAUGCUUGUGAAAUCCAGUCCUCAGUGUACACAACCAAACCUGCUAUUAAGUGGUGCAUGUAAAUGUUGAAGAAAAACAAACGAAAAACCCUUCAAAGACUAUUUUGUGCAUGCUUGUACUGUCCCUGCCCGUAUUCUAGCAUGCUUAUGUAUAACAGCCACAUUUUGUAUGUGAGUUCCAGUUACAUCAAAGAUGGGCAUUAUACAAAGCACAAA